ACUGGCAGCAGACGCAACGGCAAGCAUGGCGGGCGCAGAGCAGGCAACGGUGAAGGUGCGCAUCUCGCAGGGCGAGCUGCUCGGUCGCCGCCGGCGCACAGUGUGGGGGCUCCCCUACUGCUGCUUCCAGGGAAUCCCCUACGCGGCGCCACCGGUCGGACCGCUCCGCUUCAAGCCACCACAACCAGCAACCGGGUGGAGCGGAGUCCGGGACGCGACCAAACCUGGCAACAUCGCGCCCCAGAUCGACAUGACGGGGAAGUAUGUAGGCGACGAAGACUGCCUCUUCAUCAACGUCUGCACGCCCCAGCUGCCGUCAGAGGGCUCCAGUGGUCUCCUGCCGGUGAUGGUCCACAUCCACGGCGGUGGUCUGAUGCUGGGCUCCGGCAACGAAGAUUUUGGCGGUCCCGAUUUCCUCAUCCGCUACGGCGUCGUCUUCGUCUCCCUCAACUACCGCCUCGGAGUCCUAGGCUUCCUGAACGCGGGGGACCAUCUAGUGCCAGGGAACAUGGGCUUCAAGGACCAGGUGAUGGCGCUACGCUGGGUCAAGGACAACAUCGCCAGCUUCGGGGGAGACCCCGACAACGUCACCAUCUUCGGCGGCAGCGCUGGAGGCUUGUCCUGCCACGGUCUCAUCCUGUCGCCAUUGGCCAAGGGCCUAUUUCACAGAGCCAUAGCGCACAGUGGCGUGGUUCUGGGAGACGGCGUGUGCUCCGACCGCAUGCGGGCUCGCUCCUUCACCCUGGCUGCACACCUGGGCCUCAAGACAGACGACCCGCAGCAGCUGGUGGACUUCCUGAGGCAACAGCCAGUGCAGCAACUCGUCGAGAACGCCAUGUUUGGACGCACUGAGGACGAUAAGGCCCGGGGCGUGCUGUUCCCAUUUGUUGGCACAGUGGUCGAGCCAGCUGACGCAGACGGUGGGGCCUUCUUCCCCAGAGACCCAGCGCAGCUGCUGCGCUCUGGAGACUUCCACCCUGUGCCCCUCAUCACGGGAGUUGGCACUCACGAAGGCUCAGUCUUCGCUGCAGAGCAACCCAAAUGGUCCAUCAACCUGUCCAGCUAUGCUGAGAAUCACCAUCUGCUCAUCCCAACGAACCUACGCUGCCCUGACUCAGACAAGGACGCGUUGGCUGAGCAGAUACGCCGCUUCUACUUUGGGGACCGUGAUAUUGGACCUGAUACGAAAUUCGAACUGUGCACACUCUUGGGCGACUUAAUGUUCACGUACCACGCGGUUCGUGUGGCCAAACUCCACAACCUGAAGUCGAAGGCUCCAGCCUACUUCUUUGUCUGCCACUAUAGGAACGACCGAAUUUCCCAGGGGCCCAUAGGAGAUCUGUUACGCAGUGCGGGGAAGAUAUUUGACGGUGCUGUGCACGGAGGGGGCUACAGCUACACCGUUUGUAUGGAAAAUUUAGGCGGCGCUCCAGAGCCCGGCUCCUUCGAAGCGAAACUGACGGACCAGCUGUCGCGCCUCUGGACCAACUUUGCAAAAACAGGCCAACUUUCUGACCCAGAGGUGGAGGUGUCGUGGGCGCCUUUCACAGAGAAGGACCAGUCCUACCUGCACAUCACCAGUAAUGGGCUGUGCAUAGCCAGGCGGCCGUUUGAGGAGCGGAUGGCCUUCUGGGAGAAACUCUACAACCAGUACGACAGCUAGCCGCCAGCAUCAGCGCAGAACCCAGCUGCAUCAGAGGAAGUCGUCUAAAUGUGAUCAGGAGAGGCAGUGGCCAGUCUUCAUGCCGACUACCAGAAAAACCUUAAACAUGUUAUGAACAAUGGAUGUUUGAAAUAUUGUGUCUGUAGAAUGAAAAUGCAUGAAAUACAUCGUCACAAUACA